CGCCCUGCUCGGAAAACGCGCCUGUGUGACGGAACCUUAAGAAUAUACCUACGUACCUACAUGAGUUACGUCUAGGUAUUAUGUCAUGAAUUCGUUUGCCUACGAGCCUACGAGAUAAUAGAAAAAGUUUCUUCCUUUAAGUAUAUAUGUAGGUACCAAUCUUAAACAUGACAUAUCAUUGCUGAUGAUACCCAAAAUAGCUGAAAAACAAUACCUAGGUUGGUAUUAUAUCCUCUAGCCGCCCAUACGUCAAACCUUGCCAUGCAAAAUGAAAUUUUAUUUUGUCAACACAAAGUUCAAAUUAGAAUGGAACAGGAGACCUUGUUAAAUGGGUUGGAGAACAUUGGGAAGGACGUCAGGAUCGCUAUAUGUAAUAUCAUUAGUGUGUGAAAUAAAGUGAACUUUGUGAUGUGUGGAACAGAAUAAAACCUUGACUGCAAUUGCUAUAAUUAGCCCACUCUUUGGCAUCGAGAUAUAAAAUCAAACCCUUCAAACGAAAACUACUUAUACCUAACGACUCUAUACGUACGAACGACCUGAUUAGAACUCCGAUAAGCUCUAAUGUAAAUAAUUACUAGGUACCUAUCUCUGAACGGGGCAAUACCAGCGACUACUGCUCAAGGCAACCGCUAGCGGACUGACUAAAAAUUCGCUUUCGCCUCCCACAGCGCAUACCACACAUGCGCAGUUACGCGAAGCGAUCAAUACGUAAGUAUUCCAUGUAACGUACGGUUAGAGUUACCUAUAAUAUAGGUCCUAUUCCUAUAUCAUUGAAGUUUGUCAGGCCUUUUAUCAAUGCCACAAGUACUUAUACUGUGCUGUGGAUUUUGUUAUGUCGCCCGCAUACCUAGAUAGGCGAUAGUUGAUAGAUAGAAGUGAUAGAACUAUGUAUUUCUUUUAAGUGAACUAGGCUUAGGCUAGCAAAUCGUGCCUUGAGUUUUCUUCUUAAUAGGUAGAUCACAAUAACCAAAUUCAAAUAGUUAGGUACCUAGGUCUAGGUAAUAUCUGGGUCAAACAAAGGGUCACCAAUACGUGACUGUAGUGAAAAUAAUGUCCCGCAAAAGUGCAGUGGAGGCGACUUUAUUUACCUAUUCUAUCGAUGUGGUACUUAUAACUAUGUAUUGUAAUUACUUAGGUAUGUUAUCUAUUAUAACCUAUAACUGUUAUUAAUUAACGAGGAAUGACGAGGGUGCCGUAAGUAGGUACUUAAUUAGACCACUACACAGAAGGCAAGUUCCAGAAUUCAAUAUUUUCCCUGAUUUAUUAUUAUUAAUAAAUUAAUAGGUGCCUACAUAAAGAAGUAUUUCCUAAUGAUUUCGUGCCUUCAAACCUCGGCUAGUUAUCUUUUUGUUUUAUCUAAUAGGUACAUACUAGGAAUAAGGUAGGUAAGGAACCUCUCUUAUUAGUCACUAGCGACUAGCGCCCCGCCCUGGCUUCGCACGGGUUAAGUAACAUUUAAUAAAUUAUAAGUACACCUAAACCUUCCUCAAGAAUCACGGCGCGAUUCGGGAAAUGAAUUUGAGAUUCACUAGAUAUGAAAUAGUAAAUAUAUGUGACGUUCCACGGCAAAAAGUACCUUAUAGCAGGUGUUCAUAAACCUUCCUCAAGAAUCACGGCGCGAUUCGGGAAAUGAAUUAGAGAUUCACUAGAUAUGAAAUAGUAAAGAUAUGUGACGUUCCACGGAAAAAGGUACCUUAUGGCGGUUGGCGCUUAGGUACGCUAUUAUUAACGCCGCUCCAAUAUUAUUGCGGCCGCCAAAGGUACCUUUUCCGUGGAACGUCACAUAUCUUUACUAUUUCAUAUCUAGUGAAUCUCUAAUUCAUUUCCCGAAUCGCGUCUCUCUAUUGAUAGGUGAAAAAUUGAAAAUCGCACGAAAAUCCGUUCAGUAAGUAGUUUUUGAGAUUAUCGACCAAGAUAUAGGUGUUGCACACAGAAUAUAUUAAUAUUAUAUAGUAAUACCUACUCUAACAGCUUCAUAUCAAAGUCCGAGGAGAGAAAAAUGUACUUAACACGCGAGGGUCAAAGAACCAAGUUUACGACUGAUAGUCGUUCUUAGUGUUCUUAUCACAGAACUCUAGGUACCAACAACUUACAAGUGUUAGGUAUUUAUAAACUAUAUUUUUAUAGCGUUGCGUUUAUUUAACAAUCAAAAUCAGUGGUGCUGAUAUUUUUACGGAGGCGCUUGAAAAAUGCUUACUUACUUAUCGAUUAAUAAACUAUAGUUCGUUUUUUUUAGCAUUAGAAAGAACUCCACAGAAGCAAGCGUGCAGUUUUUAUCAGGCUCUUUAAUUGUUAAUAAUUAUUGAAUUAUCUAAUGUAACAUGGUCAAUAUAUAUAAUUUACUUCAAAUUAUUACCGCUAAAAGUGCCGGAUUUGGAACCACAAGCUUACUUCUGCGAAGUUCUUUCUAAUGCUAAAAAAAACGAACUAUAACUGCCAGAACACGGACCAAGUACUUCCCACUUCCCUUUUACUCAUUUGGUUGGUAUUCCAGAAAUUGGACAGGCGGCAUACCAACCUAACAAGAAAAAUAGGUAGGAAACCAUGAGAAAACUCAGCGGUUAAUAACGAAUCCUGACAUUCUAUUCUACAACUCAUUUUCUAUUGCGUAGUGCCUCGUAGGUACCAUUCAAAGGUUAUCGGUAGGUACACGUGAUGGUAUGAUGUAACUUGUAACAUUUGGUAGGUGUACCAUUGGUACCAAUAUAAAUCACAAUUCAAAUGAACACCUGCUAUAGGAUUAUACGACCUUCGAGUUUCAAUGAACUGAUCUUCAUGAUUUUCGCGUGUCUUCUUGUGAUGAAUAUUUUCAUUUCCUUGUUUACCUAGACGCUAAGAAAUUGCUAAGAAAACACGUAGCGUGUAUGUAGGUACGUUUGUUAUGCAGUAAAAGUAAAACGGGGUCGCGAAUAGCUACGUAAUCAUGAAUUAAAAUCAAUUUAAGCACGUCCCGAAACACUAUCUUCUGCGUUCGCAAUUCACUUGACACACGUAUGACGUUUGCUCUGUCAAUUUGUAUUUUGUCGACCAACCUGAACUUAGUACCGUGCUGGCAGGAAUACUGAAACAAAAGACGUCAACGGAAAAAGUGAACGCUUCGAGAACAUUCGCGUCAACUGUUCGCAAAGAAAUAUUAUUAGCUGAUCGGCCGGCAGCGCACGUGCUCCCCUGCCGCGUGCCGCCCCGCGAAUAAUAAGAAUCCGUAGUGUGGCGCUGCCGACGAAGCCCGAGCGGUGGGGCGUGGGUUGCCGACCGCGGCCGCGCGUCAAUCCAGUCGCCAUCCUGGCCGCGAGAGAACAGCAAAAAGGAAUCGACCAGCUGCACGCAAAAUGUGCAGCCAUCAUUAUACCUAACCGACGCGCGGAGUGAUUAGGAUUAGUUUCUUUUAUAUUGUUAUUUUUUUAAACAGCUGCCAAAAUGGAUUCCGAGUACGACAAGAAGUUUGAGGAGAUGAAGCAGUACAUCCCGUUCCUGGAAAAAAUGAUCAAAAGACUGGAAAAUACAAGCAGUGGUUCUGUGAAUCCUAGGCAGGCUCAGCUUGAUAAAAUACGAUCUCUGAGAGAUCUCUUAUUGGAUAAGAAGAAAAGGAUGAAAAUGGACAACUUGUUAAAGUGUGAACAAGUUCUUAUUAAUUUGUACGCUAAAGUCGAACAGGGGGACACUUUACCAGGAAUCAAGCCCGCGUCUGAAGCCAUUGUUUGUACUGACAAGACGGACUUAAAUUUAGCUCGAAGUAAACUUAAAACUGUAACAGCGAAAUCUCAUGAUCCGGAUACACUGCCCGAAAUAGCGCGGGCUACCGAAACUGAAGUCGGAUGCUCUGGCACCAAAGAACCAGCAUUAUUCCAGCGGAGGCCAAAUAAGGGCUCACUAUCCCCGACUAAGAAUCCUUCAAGUGAGAAAUCGCCAUAUAAAUCUAGCUCUAAACGAAACUACACGCGAGUUUUACAAUCCCCGGAACGAAGUGGAAGACAAAGAAUCUGGUCACCAUCGGAGGGGCCUCCUCGUGAUGAAAAUCUUUUUAGUAGGAGAUCACCUCCAAGACCAUCACGUAGACACUCGCCUUCUUAUCAUAAACGUGAAAGAAAGAAAUCAUCCAAAGAAUCUCAUUCUCGCAAGUCUAAGGAUUUAAAUAUAACUUUAAAAGUCCCAGAAGAACGAUUGAAUUCUUUGAAUACAAAAGAUAUAUUGUCAAGGAUAAUAAAUUGCAGCGAACGUGAUGUUGAUAUUGCUACCCUACGUGAACUCAGAACCCAAAUACUUGGGGAAUUGAAACAGACGGGAGCAAAUGAAGACAUAUCAGACUUAAUUUUAAAGUCUUACAAGAAUAAAAAGAACAAAAAGAGCCAAUCGAAAAACAAAGCUGAUGUUGAAGAAGGAGAAUUAUCCGAUAGUGAGAGUGAAGCCAUAGAAAACAUUUAUGGCAAUUUAGUUGUAGUUGAAAAAGACAAAACUAAAGAUGCGUCUUCUAACCAGAAUAAAUCUAGCACGGAACAAGACCAAGUGUCUCGUAAAAUACAAAUUUGUCUUGUUAUAAAUUCUGACAAAGAAGAAACGCCACUUGAAGCGAGCAAUAUUAAAAAUGCUACCGGUAACCAGAAAAUAUGUGACCUAACCGAUUUCGAAAUGUUCGAUGAUAAUAAUUGUGGUACCAAAGAAACCGAUCCGAUUAGACCGAAACCACGUGAACCAGCCUACUCUACAAAAAAUAAAGAUGUAGUCGAAUCCGGUAGCCAAAAAACAAGUACAUCAUUGUCACCAGUAAAAACGAACGAUAUUAAUUCCACUGAUAUAAUUUCUAUCAAUGAUGUUGAUAUUGAAAAGGAUGGGAAAGUAAAUUACACUGGUAAUAUAGAUAUGAAUGACUUUGAUAUACAGGACAAUUCAAAUAUUAGUUCUAUAAAUGAGGCUCCUAAAUCUGCACCGGAACCAGUUCCAGCUCCUUUCAAAGUCAAUUUCUACAAUUCUAACAGUUCCGAUUCUACUGAAAUUAAUACAGCAGCUCUCAAUGCCGAAAAUUCCAAAGAUCAAUCUUUAGAUGUAUCUAAGGAUAAACUUCCAGAACCGAAGCAAUCUCUUGAUAAGCCGGAAGUGGUACUGUCAGCAUCCAAAGACAAAGGUCCAGUAGAGUCCAUGGAAAAAAAUAACGAAACUACAAAAAGUACAAACAAAGACGUUAUUACGACAAGUACACCCAGCACGGAAUCUGUGCCAAAGCCCGACGCUGAAAUUCCUUUACUGAAUGAGCCUACAGUACAGCCUGCAAAGAAAGAUAUAGUAUCAGAAAUCGAUAUUUUACAAGCAUUGAAAAACGAGAUAUUAAGUGAUACCAUAUCCCUACCUUGUGCUGAAGCUAUAACACCAGCUUUGCAUCAGCCAAAGGUUACUAAAGUUUCUAAUGCGCAGGAGGAACUUCCGAAAAAGAGAAUUUCGAUAGAAAACUAUAAGAAAAAGUCGGUGCCUACAAAUAAACCUUCACUUUUUGUAAAAAACCCUAGAGCUUCGUCAGAGUCGAAAAAAGAAGCCAUGAAACUACAAUCUUUGAAAUUAACUGAGAAAGAAGUUGAAAGGUUUAAUUUGAUCUCUAAAAUAGCACUAAGCGACGAUUCCGACGACGAAAGAGAUACAGGUUUAAAAUCGCCCGACGAUAUGGACCUUGCUCCAAAGUCUCCUGAUAUGGAUAUAACCGACGAUACACCUGUAUCCCCACCUGUUAUAAUACCUGCCGAUCCUGUGAAAAUGGUUGUUGUAAACGCCAAGGCUGAUGUUGAUAUGCGACAAUUACCCCCGAUAAUGUCUCCAGAUACGAUGAGCCCGUUCGCGCCGUCGACUCCAAUUCUAACUAAGAGCGAUGUUAAUCUCGAGGGACGAAAACUUGUGGAUAAACCAGAAGUAAAAAAGCCUGUAGCUCCAGUAGAUCCACGCGUCAGAAAGGAUGCUUUACUACCUUCGCCUCCUGUUGCUUACCCUAAUAUGACUCCAUCCCGAAAUCCUAGUGUAGCACCUAAUAUGACACCAAAUAGGGCGCCGAAUAUGACACCAAGCAGAACACCGAAUAUGACCCCUAAUUCUAGGACAUUCGAUUUCAAUCCAAAUCGUCCAUUCAAUGCUGAUGACAAUGGUCGCAAGCACGUGUAUGCACCUAUGUAUUCAGCUCAAGACCACUGCGAGCGCAGUCCCGCCGAUAUAUCUAACUGGGAAAUGUCGAAUGCUGACAGAGAAAAAAAAUCUGGUUCUAAAUGGGAAGAUCGAAACCCGAGAAGCAGUCAUCCACAAAGAGAAGACGGACCGAGGUCACGAUAUAACGAUUCUAAUUACGACAUGGGUUCUAACCGAUCUAGAAAUGACAGAAGUAGUAGAGAUGAAUAUCACAGACAGGAAGGUCCACAGCAGUCCAAUUAUUAUUCAAGAUCCGACUGUCCAAGUACUCCUACACCUUCAUUUGGCAGAGGCGAUGCUCCUUCAACCCCGUCUCAUUACUUUGGCAGAUCGGAGUGUCCACGGACGCCGAGUCAUCCAUUUGGUAGAUCCGAAUCUUCCAAUCACUCGUUUGGAAUGUCAGACUCGCCACGUACACCGAGUCACCCAUUUGGACGUUCAGAGGCUCCUAUGACGCCAAGUCAUCCUUUCGGAAGAUCUGACGCACCUAUGACGCCAAGUCACCCCUUUGGAAGAUCAGAAGCGCCUUUGACUCCCAGUCAUCCAUUUGGAAGAUCUGAAGCGCCUCCCAGUCACCCAUUCGGACGAUCUGAUUACUCAUAUCCAAAUCCGAGCCCAAAAUACGGAAAAAGCCCGCACGAUCCGAGAUUGAAUCGAAGCUACGAUAGUGAAUCAAAUAGUAGUAGAAAAGAUACUGGAUCUUACAAUGAUCGUAAUAGAUAUCAUAGAAACGAUCCGAGAAACUUUAAUAGAGAACAAAGUGUGCCCAGAAAUGAGCCAAAACCUUAUACUCCAGACCAGACUUAUAGAAGAGAUCAAAUGUCACGACGCGAACCUAGUGUUGGUCGUUCAAUGCCAUGUGAAAAUGAUAGAGAACGGCUGUACUCAAGAGAUAGAAGUCGCGGUCCUGAUAAUUCUAGGCCCUAUGCCGAGGUAGGUUCGAGACGCACAUUCCAACGUGAGCCUAGUGCCGGCCAGUCUAUGCCUGACAAUCGCGCGAGAGCGUCCAGUGUCGGAAGAAGUGUUAGAAAUGAAUUGUCAGUCGAAUCACACGCGGGACGUGCCUUUACAAUUGACACAAGCGUUAAUAGCACUUUUCAGAAAUUCCUCGACUCGCACAGAAGUAACGAUUGUAAUUUUGAUGCCCGCAGACAACGCGCUUCGAGCGUAGGACGAUCUUUGACCCGUGAGCCCAGUGUAGGUCGAACUUUGCCGGGUAAUUCAUUCCAUAGAAUGGAAGACAAUAACAGAGAUAGAUUUAAGAGAGCUCAAAGUGUAGGUAGAGAAUUAUCUACUUCAAGAACUGAAAAGAGCUUUAAAGAUGUGAAAGCGGAAUUCGAGUCGUACAGGAAUAACGACCGUAAAUGGAAUAAAGAUUCACAGCCAACAAAGCCUAAAGAGAACACGAAUUCUCGUGAUCCUCGUAUUCGAAGGGACAGCUAUGAUAUACAACCGAAUACUAAGCAUAGUUUGAACAAAACACAAGGCAGAGAAACCUAUGAUAAGACGAAAAAGUUUAACUACAGGGACCCCAGACAGCGCAAAGAGCAGAAAAUUAAUGAGAGGUCUAGUUACCAAUAUGAUAGAAAACGCGCGGAAUCCCACGACAGACACAGUUACGGUAUUUCUAGUGAUACUGGAAUCAAAACUCCGACCAUCAGUUCAGUAAAAAAUUUCAAAAUUCCGAAAAUAAAACGACCUGAACCUGAUCCAAAACCGACCGAUGUUACGCAAGACAUUCCCGACAAAAUCAAUGUUAAGAAAUCAUCCUCGUCAUCGGCAGUGAAAGACGUAAACCAAAAAACCACUGCAGAGGUCAAGGUUGAUAAAAAAAUAAAAGAAGGUAAAAAGAAAUCCGACCAAGUGUCCAACAAAAAGAAAGACAAUGAUAAAAAUACUGUAACUGCCAAAACUGAUAAAAAGGCGGAUUAUGACGAGAAAAAUGAUAUGAACGCAAAGUCUGAAAAACGGGUUACAAGACGGUCUGGGCGAAAGAACGAGGAAACUCAGUCAUCUGUGCCAUCAGAAGAAGAGAUUAUUCAAACACGUCCGCGCAGAAUCAAGAAAGUAAUUUAUGAUUCUGAUUCUGAUGAAUCAGUAGGUAAAACCAACGUUCUUAGUAAAAAGGCUUCUCCUAAAAAGUAUUCGCCUAAAACUAAUAGAAAAUCUGUACAGUCCGACAAAAAUGAUGUACCCCAAGAGGAAAGUACUGAAACUGCAAUUCAGGAAAAUUCCAAUAAAAGCGAGAGUUCUAAUGAAGUCAUCGAACCUGAAGAUGAUAAAGAGAAGCUGGAUAGUACUUUUGGUCUUGAUGGAAUAGAUCUCUUUCCCGAUAAUAUUAUUAGCGAUCCUGUUCUAGACAAUAUCAAUUCACUUAUAGCAGAUCUAGACAAUGACCUAGCUACUUCUAAAACCGGAGAGACGUGUAAUGACCUCUUCAAUGAUAUUAGCAUCGAAAAUAUGUUAGAAAAAAUGACUAGCAGUCCUCUUAAGAAAGAAACUAAAAAAACAAUAGAAGAAAACGCUAUAAUGAAAGAUCCUUUCGAUACUCUUAAAACUGAAACUAAUAAAACCGAGUGUGAAAAGAAUGAUCUGUUCGAUACUCUUAAAACUGAAACGAAUGAAACCGAGUGUGAAAAGUCUGUGAACAUCGUUGGUGCUAAGAAAGAAGAAAGUUCUAAUCAAACUACUGACGAGCAGACCGGCCGGUCUGGUUUGAUUCCGGGGCAGACAGAAUCGUCAAGAGUUUCUCAACCCACAAUAAUAAGUCAAAUGCAGGAUAAAAAUGAUAUUGAACCCGUCGUGUCCACAUCAGUAAAUGAAGAAGAAUCUUCUAAGAAUGACCAAAGCUCUGAAAACGAGAAAAUCCUGGAUGGUCAGUCGACGCCAGAUAGCACGAAUGAAGCCGAAAAUAUGAGUCAAAACUACUCUGAACCAACAGGAGACAAACCAGACAGUACUAUCGAAAAACAAUGUGAAAUGAAUUCUGAUAUUUCAUCUACUCAUGAUGCGGAGAACAAGCCAGCCAAAGAGAAUAUCGAGAUUCCUAAGGAGCCCGCUUCACAAAUGGACUCCAUUGGCAGUUUGUUGUCAAUUUUACAAGACAAGUCAAAAAUAAAAGAAUUGCUUAGUAUGCUUGGAGAUCAAUCUGGCGAAAAUGAGAAAAUUAAAAAGAAGCUUGAGAAACUAAGUGAAAUUGUUUCUGAUGAAGAAAAUACAAAUGAUGAUAAAAUUGAGGACACAACAAGCAUUAAGACCUCAGAAAAUAAAAAUGAAAUGGAACUAGUUAAGCAAGAUAACUCAGAGGAUGUAACAAAACAAAAACCAAUAGAAGAAAAAAUUCUAAAACAGGACGAUCCUGAGCCUGAUAAACCCAAAGAAACAGAGACAUGCAAGAUGGCAGAUAGCGAGCCAAAUGUUCAGACAGAUAUUGAAAAUAAAGAAAAAACGAUAGAAAGUGUUGAUAAUUUAUCCGGAAAUGUAAGUGAAGAUAAAACUGUGACAAACCAACGAGUAACUGAUUCAGCAGAAAAUAAUCAAGAUCUUGAACAAAAGGAUGAGUCGAAUGAUGCCUUAAACGACGUUAAUUCUGGACUGGAAGACAAUGAGGAAGAGGGCGUUAAAAAACCAGAUAGCAUAAAAACCCGAAAAAAGGUUGUAAGGAAAGGACUAAGGCGAUUUAAAACUGGUAAAUCUAAAAAAGGUAAGCCAGUUAAGAAAGUUGAUGAGGAAAAACGCGUGACUCGCUCUGAAGCCGCUGGAUUACUGAUGAAGCCUAAACAGAAAAAACCCUCAAGAGAACUGAGACAAUUGCAGGAAUCUAUUAAGGAAAUGUUUGUGAGUGAUGCAAUGUUGAAUGCUACUGGUAUACGGAUGUGUCGUCUAGCUAAAAUGAUAGACGAAAAAACUGAAAAGAGCGACGACCUAGAAUCUAGCCAGCCCGAAGUCAGUCACUCAGAACUAAGCAAACCAGAACCCAGAGUUGUUUUGGAAAAGGUCAAACACAUCGAAGAAAACGAAACUGUUAUAGAGAAGCCGAUGCGUAAGAAGCCUGGACCGAAGCCCAAAGGGAAACCUGCUAUUGUUAGCCCAGAUGAGAAAAAGAAUAAAGAUGAGAAACCUUUAGUGAAAUACAAACCUGGCCCUAAGUCCAAGACGAAAAUUCCGCAGACAGAUAAAGAUCCUUACGAUUUCGAAACAGACUCCAUUAAUGAAAGUAAAUCGAGCGAAAAAGGUGUAGACAGUGGUUCUGACUCUGAAAAUGAAUCGUUGGCAUCUUCAAAGAGUUUUGGCAGCACAGAGUUGCUAGUAGAGUUAAAGAAAAAACCAAAACGCAAGAGAGGUGGAUGGCAAUCUGGUGUUAUUAAACCUAAAAAGAAGAGGAAAGUAGAAGUAAAGCACGCUCAGUCGCCGCCUCCGAAACCAGCUCCCCCGUUAAAACGAUCUUAUACGAUACCAGAUUACGGUUGCUUCACUGAUAAAAACUAUUGCUUCUCUAAGAAUACUUCCGAAUACCAGUGCCGUUUGUGCGAAUCUACACAUAGUUGGAAAGACAUAGUGUUCCAUUAUAAAAAGCACCAUCCGCAUUCUGAAAUCCCACUUUCUCGUAUGAGCCCAGAUAUAGCGAGAGAAGCCAUCGAGCAGUGUGGAGACAUUGACUUUGCUGCGAUCAGUAAAAUACCCACCGAGAAAUAUACUUGCAGGUUCUGUUUCGUAGAGUUUGGUAAAAGGAGGGCCGUAUUAGAAUCAUUCUUCUGGCACGUAGUUAGUAUGCAUACAGGCGAAUACAAGCAAUUAUGUUCUGAAUGUAUAAAUGUAGAGAAGUGCCCAUUUAACUUGGAUAUUCCACCUCCACCGAAGGACAUUAAAGGUCAACUCAUAGGAUAUAUUUGUGGCAAAUGCAAUUACACCCAGAUAUCCCUCGAGAACCUAAAAAUGCACGUUAUUCAUCGUCAUAAUGAUACAGAAACGGAGGUAUACAGCAUAAACUUCGCUGUAAUGACAAAGAGUACUAUCAACAGUCUAAUUAAACGCAUAGCGCAUGUGGAAAGCACACCUCGAACCACAAGGAGCACGCGAUCCAACUUGAGCUAUACUGAAGCCAGUGACGACAGAAGCGAAAUAACAGAAAGCGAGCUUGAGGCGGCGCGGCCCGCAAAGAAAUCUGACGUACCGGUGACGGAAAAACCUAAUAGGUACUCAUUUAAUUCGAAGAUUUCCUUUGAAAAUGAUGAUAAUGCGAGCGACAUGUCCAAUUUUGCCAACACGGACUCCAGUGUGGUCAAAGCCGAACGAGACGAGGACGACGAUAUGGAUGAUUUCGCAGAAGACUCUGCAGUCAACGAAGAUACUGAUCAGAUCGAUGAGAACCAGGGAGUUUCCAGUGAUAUAAUGGAUUACCCGCAUUUCAAAAUAAGCUAUACAGAUGCUGGCAACAAAGAGUACGUUUGCUGUAUUAAUGGAAAGGACAAUCAUUAUAAGACGGGUCUAUUAAUAUCUAUGAAGAAGCAUGUGCAGCUCAAGCACUCUGAAAUCUGGGACGGCUACUGUUUUGUGUGCAAAGUCAUCGUGACGUCACAGGGUGAACACAAAUUCAGCGAGUGUUUAACGCAUUACUUGGAUAGCCAUAUCGAUACCUUCCCCGUCCUUGAAAAAGUUGUAGAACCUGUUGAAAAGCCUGUGACUCCUGCAGCGACACCUGAACCCGUAGAAAGAGCACCGACACCCUACAUCAACGUUCGACCGUUGGCAGAAUUGGUUAACCCCGUCGAACCGGCUGUGGAAGCGCCAGCGUUGCCUGUCAUAGAAACCGUCGUCAGCCUUCUACCAGUCGCGCCACCAACGGUAGAACCGCCACGUCCUAGCCCGACUUACCCAGUAAUUAGAAAAGAGACCGAACCGCCCAAAGAGUACAAAUACGAAGAAGCUCAAGCAGAAAUCAUGUCCAAAAAGCACAGAGUCGUUCUCGACGCCAUGAUGACUCCAGGCAAAUUAGUUCAGAUCUUUAAAUGCGCCGGUCGCUUCUGCUCCUUCACUACGGACUCUGCUGAAGACGCGCUGUUACACGCAUCGACUCACCAGCGAGUCGGCGGGACGAACGCAUUGCUGUGCGCAUAUUGUGACUUCGAUUCAUCUGGGAACUCUAUAGACUUGGUGUCUCAUGUUUUCAAGACCCACGGGAAGUGCAGAGUGGUUUGUGGGCUAUGUUUCUACCGGGGAGCGGUGAGCCAGCUGGUCGCGUCGCAUAUAAUCCGGGUGCAUGGCUCGACGCCUGAUCGCCGCUGCGUGCUGAAGACCACCAGCGCGCCUGCGCUCUGCGAACCCCCUGAGGAAAAUAUGUCACGGGAUAGUGCUGUUCCGCUCUACGUUUGUAAACAAACUGAAAACAACGAGCCAUGUGGGUUUAAAACCGUGACACACGCCAAGUUUUGGGAGCAUCUAACACAAAGACACGAAAACGCAACUGGAUUCAUCUGCUAUGUCUGCAGCGAUUCGUGUCCGGACGCUACAGCUCUAAUACUCCAUCUGAAGACUCACGGCAUGAGGUUGUAUCACUGCACUCUGUGCGUGCACGGAGCGGAUAACGAACCUGAGCUGCUGGCACAUGCGUCCGCCAAGCACCCUGGCAAGAACCCGCAGGCUUAUAUCAGGACUAUUUUGGGCAUGGGCGGGAACUUAAAGAUCUUGCCUCUGGUAGAACUCAAGAAGGCUGCCCUAGAACCUGAGAGUAUAACACCCAACCAGGGCAAAGAGAACCCAGUGAAAGAGGCCGAGCGUUCCAUCGAGCUGGAAAAACUCAUCGGUCCCCUGCUUGACAUGCCUACCACUGAACCAGAGAUGGAGCCUGAAGCCGCCACACCUAUUUCGGAAGUCCUGCCAGAAGAUAACAUCGUGGAUGACGCAAUCUCGAACCUUCUGGAGGACCCGGCCUCAGCAGCCAUGGCCACUUUAAUACCAGUGUCUCCGCACCUGCCACUAACAGUUGAAGCUCCGCCAAGACCUGUCACUCCAGCUCCAGAAACCAAUAUAUCAAAGCAGCUAACUCCAGUCUUGAAAGAAGAACCUAUGGACACCACACCGGAGAAGAAUGAUUCCGACGUGAUCUGCCUGGACAGCGACGAGGAAGAUUCCAAACAAGGCAUCGUCAAUCUUUCAGACGGAAUCAUUAAUUUAUCGGAUGACGAAAAGGUCGUCGAUGAACAAAACCCUUCAACAUCAGCACAAGCUGGCAAUGACCCAUCAAAUAUUUUCAGAUGCAAGAAAUGUAAUAGAGUCUCGAAAACCUUUGCCGGUUUCAAGAAACAUUCGUAUCAUUGCUGGAAGUCAGGAGAAAAGUGUAAAUGUGCUCUCUGUCCCUUCGAGGCGAACAAAGUUGGCUUUUUCCUGAAACACCACAACGACGCCCACAACAUCCCUGCUCGUUUAAAAUGCCCGAUGUGCCCCCAUACAGACAGUUCCAUGUAUCUGCUCAAGAAACAUCUAAGAGUGGCCCACGAUGUUGGAAUUCGGGACGCUUUCGGGACCGACAGUCAAUACGUCCUCGCAAAGAAAGACACGGGUAAAGCCAGAGCUGUAAAGCGCAAAUCGUCGGGCACAGCCGUUGGGCCUCCGCCCAAGCAGAAGCGGUAUGGACCUUCGGAUAUAGACAAGCUUCCUAUCAACCCUAUCCUGGACGAAUCUGUUUUCUGCGAUAUAUGCGAGUUUAACACUAAAGUCCGUUUGAACAUGGUGAGGCAUCUACAACAACAUGCAACGCAACAACCCGUCGCACAUACGGCACCAGUCAACCCGGUGCCGCAUUUAGAAACCAACGAGUUCCACUUUGACAAGAUGGUCAACCUGGCUUCCAGUUCGAUAGCGAAUAGAGCCCCUGAGAAAACUCAAAAAGAACCGACCCCUACACUCAUGAUACCCCAUGAUAAGGCGUCCAGGCUCCCGCAAUAUGUGCCUGAACGAUACCGAUAUACUUGCGGUGCGACCGGCUGCACAUACAUCUCCGUAGACGAAGCCAUGUUGAAAUACCACUGGGAAACUCUACACUCCGGAACAAAUGAUUACCACUGUGUCCACUGCCCACCGCACCAAUCUCUGGACAAAUCUAGACCUUUGACAGCAUCAAGGAUUAUAGCGCAUCUGAAAAUGCAUGACAUACGUUUAUAUGCAUGCUCUGUGUGUCCAUACUACCAUUAUAAAAGACAACUUUUGGAAAAGCAUUUGGCCGAGACGCACAAUAAUAGCGGUAACGUGCUAGUAGUUAGGGAGGAGAGUUCCCAGUCCGCCCCUACUGCCCCCACCACUGCGCCGACCAUGGACCUGAAACCUUGGCAAUGCGGCCUGUGCAAGUUCAAGAGCAUGCUCCGACCUGAGGUCGCCGAGCACUGUUCUAAAAUGCAUCAAUCGAAAAUGCAAUACAAGUGCGCUUACUGCCCAUUCCGGACAUCAACUCCGGAGAAUGUUACUAAACAUCAAACGACUGCACAUCCAAAUAGGGAGCCUGAGAUAUUCCACUUCUACUACAGAGAAGGCAGCAUUCCUAAUGGUCCAGAUGGGAUACCCCAUUGGCAGAAGCAAAGACAGAAGACCGGUUUGGAUACAGUGAAGGCUGAAGCUGAUCCGCCACCAGCAGCAACUGACACAAUUCUUCCAGAAAUUCAGCCUCCGACUGCUCCUCAAGUGAACCUCAACUUGGUGAAACAGGAGAUUGACCCCGAUGCCCCCAUGCAGGCCUCCAUAGAGGAGCUGUUUAAGAAGUACGGAGAGUUCUGUGAGCCCAACGGUUUGAACUACAAGUGUUCUUUGUGUAAAGUCGUUGUUGAGGACAGUAAGGAAGCUAUGGAGUCCCACUUGUUCGAAGAGCUUCAGUACAGGAAAUGGGGUUGCCGCCUAUGUUCAUACAAAGCGUUCCACCAAACUGGCCUGAAAGAGCACGUGUGGUCGGAACACAACAGGCACAACGUGGAACCCCUCGAGCUAACCGUCGACGUCAACGUUGAAUCCUGGGUCUCCCAACAACUAGCCUACCAAGAAGACCUCAUCAAGAAAAACAGGGACAAACUAGCUCAACAGAAAAUGCUAGACGAACGCCCCGUAGUUCCAACUACUUCUAAAACAGUAGAAGUUCAAAACACGACCAACCUCAGUAUGGAGAAAUUGGAGAAAAUCUUCGGGUCUCUCGGGGUACCGAUCAACAUGCAGUAUUGCUGCCCUAAAUGCCUGUUCAAAACGGCCGAUGAUAAAAUAAUUCAGGAGCAUUUAGAGGCGGAAUUGACCAGAAUAAGAUGGUGCUGCAGCAACUGCCCCAACCACUUCUCCACCUACCACGAGGCGCAGUUCCACUGCAAGAGCAUCCACCCCGGCCUCAACGCCCGCCCUAUAGAGGCCGCUAGAGACCCCGCCAUACGCUCCGCCUGGGUCGCCGCAGUGAUCAGAGUCCAAAAACUCAGCAUGAACUGCAUGCCGGUCACCGUCAUCUCCGAACCUCAAAGCCAAGAAGAAACUAACGAUGACGAAAACUCCUUACUUGAAAUAAGAUAUGAGGAAGAUGUCCCGAUCCCCGAUGAAGGAAAUCCGACACAAAGACGCUUCUCAGAUAGUAGCGAUGAAGACAGUCUAGUCAUAGACGAACAGGCAGCUAAGAAAUCCGGUGCUGGUGGCAAAUGCGACCACUGUGACUUCUCAACCAAAUACACUCACGUUUUAGACGCUCACACGCUUCGCCAUUACAAUCUAAAACCAUUCACUUGCUCUUACUGCAAUUAUAACAACUAUAAUAAAAUUGUGCUCCAACAUAUGAGCACAGCACACCCUAACCAACCACCAGUGCUCAAAAAAACUGAGAAACCGACCGGACCACCUUUAAACCUGAACUUAACUAAACUGGGGAAAAAACCAGGGUCCGCUAAAAAGCCAGUAGAGGACGCUAAUUUAGUGUGUUUAAUUUGUGAAAAGUUGCUAACUGAAGCCGAUUCAAAAGCCCAUAUCCAUGAUCAAAAAGCGCCAGAGUUCGCCAGAAGAGGUGACAUAGUUGUGAAGUGCAGUGAGUGUUUAAAACUAUUCCUAGACGUCGUUAGUAUGCAGCGGCAUUUCACGCUCGCACAUCCAGAUAUGCCGAUCAAGUACGCUUACUACAAGACAGAUCACGAUACUCGAAGUUUCGUCUACUGUUCGCAUUGCAACCAGAGAUUCACAUACAUGAUUGACUUGAAAGCUCAUCAUAAUCAAGUGCACAGUGCUUUGAAAUUGAAAUACACGAAAUUCGUGCCCGGUGAUGAGGGCGAAACUGUCCUAAAAGCGUUAUAGGCCAGGAUUAGAACAUUCGAGUCUUGGUAUUGCGAGAAAAAACUAUCAUCCCCUCCUACACUACAUUGCCUUUCUGCUGUUGAUUCAGAUUGUGCUACAGAAAUUAAUGAACCAAUUAAUCCUUCUUAGUGGAGUAAUGAAAACAUCUUUAGUGAAUUAUUAUAACAAAACCAUCCUAAAUGUUUAGUGCAUUAAAAACGCUUCAAGUGAAAGUGACUAGUGUAAGGGACUUAUUGAAAGUGAAUUAUUUCUAGUUUUCUAUACGCCGUGAUUUAACGGGUUAAUCUGUGAUUUCAACAAGAUAGUUGUAGUUAAUUAUAAGUUAAAA